AUGGCCAAGCGCAAGCGGGCGUCGAAGUCUCCAUCCACCUCCUCACCCGCCAAGAAGGAACGCCCCAAGGAACUCAAGGAUCCGGCUGCAACUCUCCUCACGAUCAAGGCCAUCCAGUUCAGCCCGUUCCUCAAGACGUUCCGCAAGACCUUCCUCAAGAUGUUCCUCAAGAUUUUCCUCAAGAUCUUUCUCUAG